CUUUCGUAACCUUCACGAUGUGGGGUCGGUCAGAGUGCGCGGGCGAGACGGUCUACCGAGGCUUUGUAGUCGGUCCCAGUGGCAACAUUGGAGGGUCGAGAGGUGGCCCUGGUCCCGUUGUCUGUCUACCAGAAAACCCGUUAGGUUCUCAUAAUGUCGAACCACAAAUCCUGCCGCCCAUUCACCUCCAGCCACCCGCACACACAGAAUCUGGGGUCGGGACGGUUAAGACGCCAUGCGCUGUGUGCGAGCUGUAUUUCGUGCACGACGUCAUUGUGAUUCCCGGUAGGAACGAGUGCUUCGGCGAGUGGAGGCGGGAAUACGUCGGGUACAUGGUUUCCUUUUACGGCGAUAGCGGGAUCUCGGAGAGCGUGUGUCUACAUGAGAGCCAGAGUCCUCGAAUAAGCACAACUGUUAAUAGUACCAUGAUUGAUGCGCCGCUUAUGAUGCAUAUUGGUGUCCGUGGCGUUACGAAUUACAUCUCCACUUUGCCUUUGAUAUGCUCGGUGUGCUCCCGUUGAACAAAUGUGGCCAUUCGGACGAGGUGCGUCGCAAAAUCAGUUGUACCGGUAAUAGUGUUUACAACUGUGCGUGUGCAUUAUGUAGAUUUUUGAAGCUUUAAUACUAUCGAGCGUGGUAAGAAUUGAUACUAUUGUAUAUCAAAUGGACAAAUCACACAGAUACAGCAUCUUCACACUUAAAUGUCAAUAAAAGACUCUUUCCGAGUA